AUGGAUCGUUGCGAACCUGGAUUUACAGACAACUGCUUUAGCGCUGUUCACAAAGACUUACAGCUAAUCAUUAAUUCAAAUAAUACUUCAUUUAAACGAUAUACAAAUGACUAUCUGGAAAAACUUUGCAAUGCGAUAGACGACGCGCUUAAUUGUACGAGUGAUGUGAUCGAUACGGACUGUAGUGAAGAUGAGGGCAGAGGAAGUCAGUCUGUCUGUCUCUAUGUCUGGGAUGACAAUCCAUUGUCUAUCAGCUCCGGUGUUGGAAUGCAACUCAUUUCGUGGAUUGCAUGCAAACCACUGCCGCCAUUGUCUAUCAGCUCCGGUGUUGGAAUGCAACUCAUUUCGUGGAUUGCAUGCAAACCACUGCCGGUUUAUCCUCUAUUCACCACUUGAUGUCCACUGAAAUCAAUAAAAAUGAAUGCGACAUUUUAUACCAAACGUUUGAAUCCUGUCGAGUAAAUCAAAUGCAAACGACUAAAUACUUGUGUACUCAUCGGCAGACAGUAGAAGCCGUUUCAAUAGUUCAUCACUUG